AUGGCCACUGCAGCGAAAGACCCCCACCUGGGCUCAGGCCCUGAUGAAGACGACGUGUCUCUGUCGGGGAGUGAGUCUGACUCAGACAGCAUCCUCUCUGAUGACUCGGUGCUUCCAGACUACACACGGGAGAAAACAGACGGGCGUUUGGAGUCAACACUAUAUCGGUCAUGCGCCCACAACGAACCUUACUCUCUGCGGAAAGUUCUGGAGAGAGGGGUCACAAAAGAGGAGGUCACAGAGCUGGACAUCAAUGGCUGGAAUGGCUUGAUGCUGGCUUGCUGCAAAGGUUUCGUCGACAUUGUAUACGGGCUUUACACUUGUCCCUUUAUAGACAUAAAUCAGCAGGACAAUGAAGGCAACACUGCUCUGAUGAUUGCAUCCCAAGCAGGUCAUGUCAACGCAGUCAUGUAUCUCCUGAACUACUAUCCGGGUAUAGACACUGAAAUAAGGGAUUGUCGAGGUUUCACAGCACUCAUCAAAGCUGCUAUGACCGGCCGCAAUGACGUUGUGGCUGCCCUUGUUAUGGCUGGGGCUGACAUACAUGCAGUAGACUCCACAAAAGGAAAAUGCGCUCGGGACUGGGCACUGAAAACAGGUCGCUAUGAGACCCUGUAUCGUCUCCGUCGCCUUAACAUGAGACCAAAAGCCGAGCAGUUUUGUGAGAGUUAUAUCCCUGAGUGGCCUGAGCUCAAGGAGAGGGUAGCCAAUGCCACAACUGAAAAAAGUGCCAGAGAAAAAAUCACCCAGCGGAUCAAAAACACAUUUGAAUUAAGAUUUCCUCGUGACCCCGUGGACAACGGGGCCUUGGACCACAUGGUGCUCAUGACUACCAGUGUCCACAGUCCCCUAAUUUCAACUGGAUGCCGUCCACUCUGCCCUACGAGCCCUCCUGAGGUGGGGAAGAGACGCAUGGCUGUGCCAGAGCUGGUAAAGAAACACCCAUGUAAGGAUUUAGAAGAGAGAUCAGUGUGCCACAGCAAUGGCUCAGUAUCACACAUCAUUCCCACAAUCCAAGAGUCCUUACCUAAGACACACUGUGACGAGACUGAUCGGCGAGGCAGCAUCCUCUCGCUGGCUUCCACCAAAGUUGCCACUGCAUUUAUUCCCCGUAGCAUGGCAAGAAGGAACAGCGUGUUCCCCUCUGGCUGCAUCCCCAAGAUCGACAUCAUGAGGCCAUCAGAGGCAACGCCAAAGAAAGAAAAGAAGAAGAAGAAGAGGAAGAAGGAAAAGGGCUUCCUGGAACCACCCAAGUGGAGGUACAAGGAGAUCAAGGAUGAGAAAAAGAAGGACAAGAAGAAAGCUGACAAAGAAAAGGCAGAGAAAGAGGCAAAUAAGGAGAAAGACAACAAGAAGGCCAAAAAUGAAGAGAUUAAAAAAAGGGCUGUUUGA